UUGUUACUACAGUGACGCUAGUUGCUAAAAGUUUUCGUUGCGAAGUUUCUCCUGCAUAUCUUCAGUUUUUCUCCCGGAAAACCAACUUUUUGCACAAAAAAUACUGCAGAAAUUGUUUCAUUAAGAGCUCGACCAUGCAGAUAUUCGUGAAAACUCUUACUGGAAAAACCAUCACUUUGGAAGUUGAGGCGUCCGACACCAUUGAAAAUGUAAAGGCUAAAAUCCAAGAUAAAGAGGGAAUUCCUCCAGAUCAACAGCGUCUGAUUUUCGCCGGAAAACAACUAGAAGACGGAAGAACACUUUCCGAUUAUAAUAUUCAGAAGGAAUCAACGCUCCAUUUAGUUUUGCGUCUUCGCGGAGGAAUCUGAAAACUUACUGUAUUUUAAAUCUAAGACUUGAAACGGCAAUGAAAAUAAUUGUUAGCUUUAAGAUUCAAGAGUUAAUCUUUAAACUAUAUGAGCUUUAUUUUAAUAUCUGCGUGGUCGAGUCAUUGAAAAUUCAGAGCAUUUUUUUGUUUUCUUAA